UUUAUGUUGUGAUUCUUUUCUUUUCCGUGUAAGGUUUUCAGCUGCAUAAAAUGGAUAAAAAAGUCAAAGAGUUAGAGGAGGAGAAGGCAGCUCUGUUAAAAAAAAUUAAGGACUUAGCAGGAACCGCCCUACCUCUGAUGGAGGAAAACGAAUCGCUCCGUACCAAAUUGGCUAACGCAUCGGAAACCCCUACGGAGCAUUCUAAAAUUUGUAAAGUUACGGCAAAACUUCCUCCUUUCUGGGUGGAUCGCCCCGUUGUUUGGUUCGCCCAGAUCACAGAGAAAUGGUGGUGGAGAGAUGUGCUGGUACCAUCGAAGGUUUUCUUCACGUGCCCUGAAGUGCAUCAAACCAUGUUCCUAUACAGGGCAGGAAAACGCCAAAGACAGUCAGUAGGGGCGAUGCCUGACUGUCCAGUUGAUACUCGCCGGUUAUUUGUCACUGAGAAGCGGUCGGCUGAUCGACAACACUACUGGUCUUUCUCAUAUGGCAUCCAUAACUGCAGAUGGCCAUGUUAGCGUAAAGACCGUAAAUGGUAAGCAUGAAAUAUUAUCUAAGUUUCCUGCUAUUUUAAGGCCUCCAGGCCCUGUGCGUGAUAUCAAACAUACCACGGUGCACUACAUCCGUACGACGGAUGGUCCGCCGGUAUCGUGUCGUCCACGUCGCCUGGGCCCACACAAAUUAGCCAUCGCAAAGAAGGAGUUCGCAAAUAUGAUUGCAUGCGGCUCUGCUAGACCUUCCGAUAGUCCCUGGU